UCCAGGAUUAUACGGAGUGAAAGUGGAGAUAGCUCUCUCUCUUUCUAUCCUUAACUCGAGCUGCACGGAUUCGCGAGUGGUCACUCGUUUUCCUUUAUCGCGACCGUCUUGCCGUCCAGUUUAUUUAUUUAUUUAAUUAUUAUAAGUGGUGUGUGUCCUUUGGAAUAAGAGAGAAUAAGAACUAUGCGUUUCUUGAUCCUUCUGUUAUGUGUAAUCGGCGCGUGGUCGCACACGUUGGAGGAAAAAGCUCCCGAUGGUAACAAAGAGAAGGGACUGAUUGAAUGGAUUAAUAAUUGGCUUGGCUCGACUACGCAUUCACCGGUACUGCCACCAGUGCAACCGUCUAAUGAUCCUCCCGAAGACUGUCCGGCUUGUCAAUGUGGUAUAGCCCGAACUCGGCGGCGUAUUAUUGGCGGUUCCGAAACGAAGACGCUAGAGUUACCUUGGAUGGUCGCUCUGAUGUAUGGUGGUAGAUUCUACUGUGGAGGAUCGCUUAUAUCCGAUCUGUAUGUGUUAACCGCAGCGCAUUGUACUUCUGGUUUCCGCAAAGAAAGGAUGACCAUUCGUCUGCUAGAACACGACCGGUCGAUGGCCAAUGAAACGAGGACAGUGGACAGAAACGUGUCCCGCAUCAUCAGACAUAAGAUGUACAAUCCUAACACAUAUGAUAAUGACAUUGCGAUUCUGAAAAUGGACCAGAGGAUCGACCUCAGCAAUGCUUUGAAGAAACGCGCCGGCGUAGAAGAGGGUUCAGAUGAUAAUGACUUCGGCGCGAGACCGGUUUGCUUGCCGGCCGCUAACUUAAAUUAUAACAAUGCAACCGGCAUGGUCUCUGGUUGGGGAACCACGGAAGAAGGCGGAUCGGUUUCUAAUACACUCCAGGAGGUCCAGGUACCAAUAAUGUCCAACUCCGCUUGCCGUUCCACGUCCUAUGGCAACCGUAUAACGGACAACAUGAUCUGUGCGGGCUAUGACGAGGGCGGCCGUGACGCCUGCCAAGGGGACUCCGGUGGUCCGUUACACGUACUCAACGCGAACGCGGCUUAUGAAGUUGUCGGUGUAGUAUCCUGGGGAGAAGGUUGUGCGAGACCAGGGAAGCCAGGCGUCUAUGCUAGAGUCAACAGAUACUUGACUUGGAUCAGCAGCAACACUAAAGAUGCUUGUUAUUGCGAAUAAUUACAGUUAAAGAUGGAUAUAUUCUCGUUUAGAUAAGGGAAAGGUCAUCAAUUUUAAUCAAGUUGGCCAAACUGAAAUAUAUUUUAAAGGAAAAUUCUACAAUGAAGGCCAUUCAUUGCAAAGGAAUUAAUUAGCAUCUUUAUCAUCAAUAUUAUUAUCAACAUUCUUGAUAAUGUUUGCAAAAUUGUGCACAAUUGUAUAUUUUCAACAUCAAUGGAGCUGUAUUUAUAAAUAAAAAAAAAUCUUUACUGCAGUGAAUCUUGAUGAGAUAUCAGUAUGAUUUCUCAUUGAAAUACC